UGGGCUGAAGUAAAAGCUAAAAUGUAUGUGAUGAACUUGGGUAAGCCAACUAAAGUUGCUAAGUUAAACGAACAAAUGGCAAUUGAGCUUGGAGCUAAUUUAAUGGGUGAAGUUAUAAUCUUCACUGUUGCUGGAGGAUGUCUUUUCUUUGAGUACAACCGUCAGUCGGUUAAGGAAGCUAAAAAAGAAGCUGACCGACAAGCUCAAGUGCAAAAAUUCACAGAUGACAUCCAAACGUUACAUGAAAGCUCUCAAGAGCAGGAGAAACAAAUAAAAUAUUUAACAACUGUCGUAGAAGAACUCGCUAAAAACCCUAAGCAAAAAAUAAAUUUAGAAAAAUUAAAACCUGUUGAGCUAGUGCCUAGUAGUGAUUUAAAUAGUCCUGAUGACUUGAGCCGUAAAAGUCCUGAUGACAAAUCAGUUGUUCAUCGAGCUCUUGAUUACUACGAGAAGGAUGUUAAAGGAACUAGGAGUUAAGAAAGUUAAUCUCAAUUUUUUGGUUAUUUAUUUAAAUAAUUAAUGUUACAAGUACAAUAAUAUGAAAUAUGAACGUUUUUUAUGCUACUAGAAAUUUAUACGGACAAAAAUCUUUGAAAUUAUUUUUUUUUCUAAAGAUUCUAGUCAUUGUUUUUUUUUUAAUUCAAUUUAAAGUUUCAUGAAGCAAUUUGUUGGCACAUUUUUUUUUUUUUUUUAUUUUUUUUAAGUACUUUUCUUGUAUAUAACAAACGGUUGUACGAUAAGUUUUCAAAAAUAAUGUUAAUUUAAUAUUAACUAAUAAUAAAAACUAUACAAUAGUGAUACAUUUGUUUAUGUACAUAAACAACAAUAAAAAUUGAAUAGAACAUUU